AUCAGGGCUGCAGCCGUCGGCGGCCAUGCGGCGCAGCGGGCCGCCGCCCGCUGCUGGCGUGCGGUUGGCGGUGGCGGCGGCGCUGCUAGUGUGGGAGGCGGCGGCGGAGAUGUAUUGCGGGCAGGCGAACUGUUACGAAAUUUUGGGCGCGGAGCGCUCCGACGAGCCCUCGGCGAUCAAGAAGGCGUACCGCAAGCUCUCGAUGCAGUGGCACCCCGACAAGAAUCCCGACCAGAAGGAGGAGGCGACCGCCAAGUUCCAGCAGAUAGCGCAGGCUUACGAGGUGCUUUCGGACGAGAAGGUGCGCGAUGCCUACAACUAUUUCCUGGACCAUCCAGAGGAGCAUAUGUACAACCAGAUGCGGUACUACCAGGCGGUGUACCAGCCUAAGACACCCCUCUGGAUGGUGCUCGUUGGCUUCCUUCUCGUGAUCUCUGGCCUGCAGUACGUCAAUUUCCAGGAGCAGAAGAAGACGUUCCUCGCGAGCCCGCAGCUGCAGGCUAUCCUCGAGGAGGAGUACUUCAGAAACUGCACCCGCGGGCGGCACGGGUACCAGACGGGCGAAUUGACAGUGGAGAAGAAGGCCGAGAUCAGGGAGGACCUGAUGCGCCGCCUCAGCGAGGACCCCGACUGCCCGCUCGGGCGCGCGAAGCUCUCCAAUACGAUCAUACCCUACCUGGUGUACCAGCUCCCGCUCGCAGCUUUCGGGUGGGCGAGAUGGCGGGCGGCGAAUAACGAUUCCAUCCAGGAAGAGAAGAGAAGGCUGGCGGAGGAGGAGCGGCAGGCGGAGGAGGAGGCGAGAAGAGAAGCCGAGGAGACGCGGAAGCGCGACGAGGAGAAGGCCGCGCAGAAGGCCGAAAAGGCGGCCAGAUUGGCCGAGAGAAUGCGGCAGGAGGAAGAGAAGAAGCAGAAGUGGCUCGAGGAGGCGGCGGCCGAGGAGGAGGAGGAGGACGAGGACGCAGACAAGGAGCUCAUCUUCACCGGCAAGGUGACGUCCGUGGACGAGAUGAAGAAGAAGGGGCACCUGCUGAUACAGGUGGCACACGGCAGCGAGGACACCGUCCAGGUGGUCGUGGUGGACAAGGCGGUGUCAGUCGGGCAGAUGGCCACCGUGGCCCUGGAGGGCGCAACGCUGCCCAACGGGAAGCAGGCGAAGCGCGCCAAGGUCGGCGGCGAGUGGUCCGAGGGCACCCUGCUGGAGCUCGGCGCGGGCUCCGGCGCAGCUGCUCCGGCGGCUGUGGAGGCGGAGCCGAUGGACGCAGACGACGCGGCCGCCGAGGAAGACGCGGCCGGCGCUGGCGCGAAGCCGCGGCGGCGAAAGAAGUAGGCUUCUCCUCCUCCUCCUCCUCCUCCUCCUUGUCCUCCUCCUCCUCCUCCUCCUCGCGCCCUUUCGCCAUGUGGGAACCUGUGCCGCCGAUGCCCGCAGAAGCGCGCGGGGCAACAAGCUGUGCGCGUGCUGUCCCGCCCGACCGCCCUUGUAGCACUCCAGCCUCAUUUUCCGUUGCCGUGCGGGCCUGCUCAGGGAUUGGUCGGGUCACCUCUGUGACGAUAGAUGGACCAUUUUUCACAGGGGGGAUGCGGUGAGAAAAUCAAGAUCGCAAGUUCCUUUG